UUGGAAUCUUCUCUCUCAAGAAAAGUCAAACCCCACUAAAAUAGUCAACGCAUCACUGAAAUCCAGACAUGGAUCAAGAUUCUUUCUUACAUUUUCACCAUCCGAUCUCCUCUCCCCCAGCAAUGGUGCCCAGCUCAAGGUCCCGAAAUUGAAGACUGAAGGAAAAAAAUGGUGAAGUUUCUUAUUAUUAUCUGUGCUCUAAUAUGUUGUGGUGGAAGCCAAGUGAGAUCUGAUACUGAAAACCACCGCUACAAAGCUGGUGACCCUGUUCCUCUAUAUGUUAAUAAAGUUGGUCCCUGUCAAAAUCCCAGUGAAUCACACAGCUAUUUUGAUCUACCAUUCUGUCAACCAGACAAUUUCAAGAAGAGAAAGCGAACUUUGAGUGAGUUGUUGAGUGGAGAUAAUCUCAUCAAGGCUCCAUAUGAACUUGAGUUUUUAGCUGACAAAAUGUUUGAAGUUGCUUGUACCAAAACUUUGACUAAGGAAGAAGUUUCUCAGUUUCGAGAAGCAAUCAAUAGGAAUUACUACUUCCAAAUGUACUAUGAUGACUUACCAAUCUUGGAAUCUAUAGGGGAGAAGUACAACAACGGAGGCUACACAUAUAUACUCCACACAAACAUUCAUUUUGAAAUUCUUUUCAACAAGGACCGUGUAGUUGAAAUCAAGAUUCGAUUUAUCCCUGGAUUAGGUGCAGACAUAACUGAGGACAAGGAAAAGUGUGUUGACUUUGUUUACUGUGUAGAAUGGAAGGAAGUAGACACUGCAUUUGAGAAAAGGAUGGAGAAGUAUCACGUGGAGUUCAAUUGGUUUCCAAUAAUAAAUACAUGUGAAACACUAGUCGUCAUGAUUGGUUUCCUUUUGAAAUUUUACAUUCGUGCUCUUAAGAAGGGUUUUUCUGAGAGCAUGCAAGAGGAGAGAGGGUUGAGGUGCAUUCAAGAAGAUGUAUUUACAUUCCCAGUUCACAAGUCAUUGCUUGCUGCAGCCCUUGGUUCUGGUACUCAAUUGUUUACACUUACCAUACUCAUUCUGAUACUUGGGGUAGCUGGUAUGUUUUCUCCGCACAACCGAGUACCUUUAUUGACUGCAUUGAUAAUUAUAUACACAAUUACUUCUAGUGUUGCUGGAUAUACUGCAACUUCAAUUUAUUGUCAUCUUGAAGGAACAAACUGGUUAAGGAAUUUGCUCCUAACAGGAUGCCUUUUUACUGGACCUCUUCUCUUUACAUUUUGCUUGCUUAACUCAAUAGCCUCUAGGCCCUCUACUUAUAAGGCAUCCGUAGCUCUUCCUUUUGGCACAAUCAUAGAGUUUGUUCUUAUUUGGACUUUAUUUGCUACCCCAUUGCUUCUUUUGGGUGGGUUUAUUGGAAAAAAUUCCAAAGCUGAGGUUCAAGCUCAAUGCCAGAAUAACAAGGAUGAGUUAAAAGCUUUUUUAAAUGGCAUAAAAAUCUGUCGAAAAACUCUAAAAGUUCCAUGGUACAGGCGUUCGCUUCCUCAGAUGGCAUUGGCUGGGUUUCUUCCUUUUACUGCAAUCUUCGUUGAGCUUUCAUAUGUGUUUUCUAGCUUGUGGGGUCAUCGGAUUUACAUUCAGUACAAGUUUCUGUUUGUCACCUUCAUUCUUCUUCUAAUCACCAUUGCUUUAGUCAAUGUGGGCUUGAUAUGCUGCAAGAUUGUUUCUAAAGAUCACAAAUGGUGGUGGAGGUCAUUUGUUUGUGGUGGAUCAAUUGGAUUGUAUGUUUACGGCUUUUGCAUACAUUACUACUAUAACAGAUCAGAUUGGACCGGUUCCUUGCAACUCUCAUUCUUUUUUGGAUACAUGGGUUGCAUUUGCUAUGGCCUUUUCUUGAUGUUUGGUACUGUUGGUUUUGUGUCCUCUUAUCUCUUUCUUCGCCACAUUUACCAUUCUCUUAGUUAGUCAUGUUUCGAAAACUUGAUAUGGUAAAUGAGAUGAGAUGAGAUGAGAUGAUUGUAUUACAUCUUUUUUAUCAUGUAUUUUGGUGAGAUAAUUAGAUAGUGUAUUACAAAUAUUAUACAAUAUUUCAUUAAAAUUAAUUAAUAUAACUUUGGAAAAAUGUUUUAUUC